UCUGAUAGGAAGAAAAAUUAUCUAUUUUUCUCUGUGGUUUUCACGUAUCAAGCAGCCGUAUGUUGGAUGGUUAGACUAACCACUCUGCCACAAAACAGCAGCUGCACUGCAGAGCCUCCCUGUGAUCUCUCAGGAUGGAGCCCUACACUGAUUAUUCACAUUAUGAUUAUUACAACUACAUGGAGAACUUUACAGCCGAUGGCUUAUUUCAUUUGAAUAUACAACGGAUUGUCCCAGCUCACAAAUGCGUGGCUCCACCAUCUUCCUGCCCAUACUGUACUACCUCAUAUUUUUCACAGGCUUUCUGGGCAACCUAUUUGUGAUAACGGUGGUGGGCAGCAAAGGUAGGAAAGGUGGGCGUCUGGUGGACACAUUUGUCGUCAACCUGGCCCUGGCCGACCUCGUGUUCGUCCUCACGCUGCCCCUGUGGGCCAUCUCUGCCAGACAGAACGACCACUGGGACUUUGGAUCAGCUGGUGACCUGCUGUGUAAACUGAGCAGCUACAUUAUAGCUGUGAACCGCGUCUCCAACAUCUUCUUUCUCACCUGCAUGAGUGUCGAUCGCUACCUGGCUGUGGUGAAGCUGAUGGACUCCAGGUACCUCAGGAGCAGCAGGUGCAUCCGUGCUACGUGUGCGGCUGUGUGGUUGAGCUCCCUGGUGCUCGGCAUCCCAUCCCUGGUGUACCGCAGAGUGGAGACUGCCGAGGAUGGACUCUCCUGCGUGGAAGAUAACAACUCACCUUUUUUUCUUGGCCUGAGCCUCGCCAUGGCGUUGCUCACAUUUGUCUUCCCAGUGUUAGUCAUCGUGCUCUGCUAUGGCACCAUCGUGGUGCAUCUCAACCACCACUGUACUUCUAAUCCUCGGGCUGAAGCCCGCCGCAGACACUCCCUGAAGAUGGUCCUCUCAAUCAUACUGGCCUUCGUGGUGUCCUGGCUCCCCUUCAACAUCUUCAAAGUCAUCAUCAUCAGCUCGCAGCUCUCCAACGCUGACCUGAGUUGUGAUGCUCAGUCGUGGCAAAGGAAUGGGAUCCUCAUCUCGUGCUGCCUGGCCUUCCUCAACAGCUGUGUGAAUCCAGCUAUUUACUUUUUCCUGGAUCAUCACUUCAGACGACGGGCCGAGACCCUGUACAAAACCUUCAUAGGGAAGCCAAAGUUUCUGCAGAGCCACAACUCUUCAGCCUCAUUCACCAAUGUUGGCACUUCAGAGAGCUUUGGAGCAACUGGUGCGAGAACUCAGCUGCAGAUGUUAGAGUAGGAGGACAUAACUCUUUUCUGUAACAUUUAAAGGAGAAGUUAUUCGUCUGUGUCCUGCUCAUCGUGAUAACGAUGAGAGAGCAUAUUUCUCUUGAAGGAUAUUUGAAGUAAAACCAGAUACAUGGCAAGAAAAUUGCUUUUUUUCUAGUAAGUACAAUAAUGUGAUUUUCCUUAGUCAUAUAUAUUCUUUUUUCUAAUUUUCUUCAAAUGUGGAACAUGCUGUUUGUAUUGUUUAUAGUGUGCCAUAGAGUAGUGUUGAUACGUAUAUGUGUGAGUAUCCACUGAUAUCUUCUGUUUGUAUGAAAAC